AUGGUUGUAACAACUCGAUGUGCAUCUGCUGCAUAUUCAAGUACUAGAAGUACUCCAGUUCUUAUCGAAUCAACAAAUAUAAAUGCAACAAUAAAUAAUAUAAUAUAUGAGAAGUACAAAAUUUUACCAUAUAAGAGCUGGGCGCCAUGCAACAAAACAAUAUCGCCAUGCUUUGAAUAUACAUUUGUAAUACAAGCUAUUGGAUUAUAUUUAUAUGGCUAUUAUAUUGCAUUAGUUGAUAUCAUCAUUAUUGGAGUUUUGGUUCAUUUGAGAGCACAAUUAAUCAUUUUAAAUCGCUCCUUAACUACUGUCAUACAACGAACUCAUAACGCAAUUAAAAAGCACCGCGAUCAAUUAAAGGACAUAGAAAUAUCAUCAGCCAUUUUUAAAAAGACUUUGAACAAUAAAUUGUCAGAAUGUAUUGACCAUCAUCAAUUAAUUAUCGAUUUAACUGAUGAAAUGGAAGCUGAAUUUAAUAUUUUGAUAUUAUUUCAAUUUUUUGGAAGUUUAUUACUUGUUUGCUUGUGUAUGUUUCAAAUGUCAAUUAAUCCACUUAAUAGUCCUGCAUAUCCAAGUGUCCCUCUGUAUCUAACAUGGGUGUUAUAUCAGUUAUUCAUAUAUUGUUAUUUUGGCCAAGAAAUUUCGACAGAAAGUGAAUUAAUUGCUGAAGCUGCCUAUAAUUGUGAAUGGAUCGGAACUGAACAUAAAGUACAAACAAGUUUAAUGUUACUAAUAAAUCGUUCACAACGUCCACUCUAUUUAACAGCUGGAAAAUUUUCAAAGUUAUCUCUAGAAACUUAUGCUAGUAUUAUACGUGGAGGUGGAUCUUAUUAUGCUGUGUUAAGCAGAGUUAAUGAAUAAAAUGGUC